UCCUUUCAUUUCCUCUCCUCCUCCAUCGUCCCAACAUGCCAUCCCUCUGUUGCUUUCUCUGCGAGAAACUGCCGUGUUCUCCUCGAAACCCUAGAAAACCCCCGUUGAAUCCUCUGAAAUCGGAAUCGGAACUUUAGAACCUCGAUUUCUUCUUCGUUCUCCAAGUGCGUGGAUGCUUGACCCCUUCUGGGUAAGCCCCCAUGGGAGCCAGCAGAAAGCUUCAGGGAGAGAUCGACAGAGUCCUGAAAAAGGUUCAGGAAGGCGUCGAGGUCUUCGAUAGCAUAUGGAACAAGGUGUACGACACCGAUAAUGCGAACCAGAAGGAGAAAUUCGAGGCUGAUCUGAAGAAGGAGAUCAAGAAGCUUCAGAGGUACAGGGAUCAGAUCAAGACGUGGAUACAAUCUAGUGAAAUCAAGGACAAAAAGGUUAGUGCGUCUUAUGAGCAGGCUCUGCUGGAUGCACGGAAGCUUAUUGAGCGGGAGAUGGAAAGGUUUAAGGUCUGUGAAAAGGAGACAAAGACAAAGGCCUUCUCUAAGGAAGGAUUAGGUCAGCAGCCCAAAACCGAUCCAAAAGAAAAAGCUAAGGCUGAGACAAGGGAUUGGUUGAAUAAUGUGGUGGGCGAAUUGGAAUCACAGAUUGAUUACUUUGAAGCUGAUAUUGAGGGACUCUCUGUGAAGAAAGGGAAGUCAAGACCACCUAGACUGGCCCAUCUGGAGGCUUCCAUUACCCGCCAUAAGGCUCACAUAAUGAAGCUAGAGUUGAUUUUGCGGCUGCUGGAUAAUGAUGAACUGAGUCCAGAUCAAGUCAAUGAUGUCAAAGACUUUCUUGAGGACUAUGUUGAACGUAAUCAGGAGGACUUUGAUGAAUUUGAUGAUGUGGAUGAGCUAUAUAUCUCUUUGCCACUGGAAAAGGUGGAGGCUCUUGAAGAUCUAGUUGCAAUUAGUCCUGGUAUUGCCAAGGCUGUCGUUUCUACUUCUGUCACCACUGGUGCAUUGGGAUUAAAAACUCCAGCACCUUCAGGAACUCAAUUGGUUGCAUCAGUAGCUUCUAGCAAUCAACAAGGCAUUGUUGUUCCGGACCAAACAGAGGAGACGGCUUCUCAAGAUAGUAGUUCUGAUACUGCACCAAGGACUCCACCCUCUAACAAAAGUAGUGCCAUGGCAACUUCAGCAUCAGCAACUGCUUCCAGUUCUAAUGUGGCUUCUGGGGUGAAUACAGCUGCAAAUGGAGGAGGUAACAUUCUUCCUCGUCCGAUGGGUGGUCCAUCCACUUCAGGGAUACUUUCUACUGCUGGAUCCAUGCGAAGCGUGCUGGAGGCCUCAACUGCCACAGCUCCUCCUUCACCUGCAAGUCUCUCUACGCCUGCAAAAGAAGAUGAUGUUGGUAGUUUCCCUGGUCGUAGGCCAUCUCCAUCGCUAACAGAUGUAGGACUAGGUAGGGGUGUUAGUAGAGGGCCAGUUGCAGGCGUCACCACUGGCCAAACAUCAGUUAGUGUUCCCUUAACUUCUGGCAGCGUAAUGCCUGGUAGUGGAACACUUGGUGCGGUUCCUGCAGUUUCUGAUUUAACAAAGAGAAACCUUUUGGUUACUGAUGAAAGAAUUGGAGGUGGUGUAACACCACCUAUGGUUUCUCCUCUAGCUACUCGAGUUCUUCUGCAACAGACAUCUAAGACUGGUGAUGGAUCAGCUUCCACAGAAUUGAGCAGUUCGGAAAGUGGCACAGUUGGUGGAAGGGUUUUCAAUCCUGCAGCAGUUGCAGGGGUGCAAUGGAGGCCUCAUAGUGCAACUUCAUUUCAAAGUCAAAAUGAGACGUUUCGAGGAAGAACAGAAAUUGCACCUGAUCAGAGGGAGAAAUUUUUAUUGCGUCUUCAACAAGUACAACAAGGGCAUAACAACCUUCUGGGGGUGUCUCAUCUUUCUGGUGUAAGUCCUAAGCAGUUUUCCACGCAACAGCAGAGUUCUCUGCUGCAGCAGCUGAAUGCACAGAGCUCUUCUCUCUCAUCUCAACCUGGACUUGGACUUGGUCUUCAAGGCCAGGGUCUGUCUGCUAUGGCUCCUGUAUCACAACAGACACAAGCUACUAUUCAGCAGGCAUCUCCUCAGCAUGUUUUGCUGUCACCCAUCGCAAAAGAUGCAGGUAAGUCUACAUCUGGUAAGGUUGACGAAAUUCAGCAGCAGCAAAAGCUCACUGAUGAUUCUAGUAUGGAGCCUGUGACCAAUGCAGUACAAAACAAAAGCCUCACAGGCGAGGAGGAUCUGAAAUCUCCGUACCCUAAUGAUUCACCUGUUGGUGGUUCUGGUUCCUUAUCUGAAGCCAACCAACUACAAAGAGAUAGUGAUUUUUCCCCUGGGCAGCCUUUACCAUCCCCACAAUCUUCGUCUGCCCUUGGUGUGAUUGGUAGAAGAAGUGCCUCUGACCUAGGUGCUAUUGGUGACAACCUUGGUGGAUCAAGUGCGACACCGGGGCAUGAUCACUCACAUAAUCUGCUGAUGUUGGACUCUGCUUAUUUCAAACUUCCUCAGGCUAAAGAUUCAGAACGUCCUAAAAACUAUGUUCCGAGGCAUCCUGCAGUAACUCCAGCUAGCUAUCCUCAAGUUCAGGCCCCUAUCAUUGACAACCCUGCCUUCUGGGAAAGGGUGGCUGCUGACAAUUUUGGCACUGACACCUUGUUCUUUGCAUUUUAUUUCCAGCAGAACACGUACCAGCAAUACUUGGCCGCAAGGGAACUGAAAAAGCAAUCUUGGAGAUAUCAUAAGAAGUACAAUACAUGGUUUCAGCGGCAUGAAGAACCAAAAGUUACUACAGAUGACUACGAGCAAGGAACCUAUGUGUACUUUGAUUUUCACAUAACAAAUGAUGACUAUGGGAAUCAGCAGCAGCAGGGCUGGUGCCAAAGAAUCAAAACAGAGUUUACCUUUGAGUACAGUUAUCUUGAAGAUGAGCUUGUUGUAUAGAAUACCAGUAUCAGAUCAUCCGCGCUUCAUUCAGAAGCUAUGGUGCUCCUUGUCGUUCCCUAUGCACAACACAAGAAUAAACAAGGCCGGUAUAGAGAACGUCUCCUACGCCUGGUUAUGGCAAGCCUGGUUAUGGCAGAAUUGUUUCUCUUCAUCAACAUACAAGCUGUGAAUCUGCAAUAGUUGUUUUGCUAGGAAGAACAUAUCCUUGUACCAUUAGUUUUGUGACUAAGAAAGCUUCCUGAUGUUCUCCAAGUGAAAUCAUUGUUAAGAAGAUGAAUAUCUUUUACAA